CGUAGAUUUCUUGAUUCAUAAUAAAACGAACAUAUGCCAAUAAUAAUGCUGCAUUAUCAGGUAAAGUUGACUCGUCCAGUUGUAUAGAGAAAUGGUCUAUUGUUGCUUAAGGGAAUUCUUUUAAUGAUAUCAGAUGCAGGUUUGUGUAAAACAGUUUUUAAAACCUCUUCAACGGCUGGCAAAAUUAACUUCUCUCCGAUAGUAUGCGGUUUUACGGAUUUUGCUAUAAGUAAAGAGAUAUUGUAAGACGCCCGCAAACCAUCAUCAUUUCUUUGUGACGUCGAAGCGAACAUUCUGUCCAGCGUAG